CACCACACAUAAAAAUGUACAUGUGAAAUAUAUUAAGAAAAAUAGUUCCACUGUUCAAAGCUUGAAGUUUGAGUUAUGUUUUUUGCAUCUCUCACAAUUGUCUUUUUUGUUCCAUCAGCAGUCUGACAAAGGGGAUUUGAGUACACUGAGUCUUCCUCCUAGUGCACUUCAUGGAGGUUCUGAAGGAAACAUUAGCCUGGAAGUCCCCGAAGGGGCACCAGAUCCACAGCGCACUAAGGCAGCCAUGGACCAUCUACACCAAAAGAUCCUUAAAAUUACUGAACAGAUAAAGAUUGAACAAGAGGCUAGAGACGAUAAUGUGGCAGAGUAUUUAAAGUUGGCCAAUAAUGCAGACCGACAACAGGCCUCUCGCAUCAAACAGGUUUUUGAGAAGAAGAACCAGAAAUCUGCACAAACAAUUGCUCAGUUACACAAAAAGUUAGAACAUUAUCAUAAGAAACUGAAGGAAAUAGAACAAAAUGGUAUAUCACGACAGCCAAAGGAUGUCUUGAGGGACAUGCAGCAAGGACUGAAAGAUGUGGGAGCCAAUGUGCGAGCAGGCAUUAGUGGCUUUGGUGGAGGAGUAGUUGAAGGUGUUAAAGGAGGGCUUUCUGGUCUUUCACAGGUCACACACACAGCAGUGGUGUCAAAGCCUAGGGAGUUUGCUAGCCUUAUUCGCAACAAAUUUGGCAGUGCUGACAACAUCCCACACCUAAAAGAUGGCAUAGAAGAGGAUAAUGAAACACAAGGGGGUGCAAGAGCACUGAGCGGCAGUGCAACUUUGGCACCAAGUCCCAAAUAUGGGAGUGAUGAUGAAUGCUCCAGUGCUACCUCUGGCUCAGCUGGAGGAGGAAGUAAUUCUGGGGCUGGACCUGCAGGACCUGGUAGCCCUAGAUCUAACACUCUAGAUGGACAUCACCAUGGGGGCUUUGAUGCUAUUCUCGAGGAACUCUGUGAAAUCAAAGAUGGGCAGAGCCAUCUUGAGGAUUCAAUAGAAGACCUAAAAUCACAGUUACAACGAGACUACAGCUAUAUGACACAGUGUCUCCAAGAAGAGCGCUACAGGUAUGAACGUUUGGAAGAGCAGCUUAAUGAUCUCACUGAACUCCAUCAGAAUGAGAUGACUCUGCUUAAACAGGAGCUAGCCAGCAUGGAAGAGAAAGUUGCUUAUCAGUCAUAUGAACGUGCCAGAGAUAUUCAGGAAGCUGUGGAGUCUUGUCUCACCCGCAUUACUAAAUUGGAGCUGCAGCAGCAACAACAACAGGUUGUACAGUUAGAAGGAGUGGAAAAUGCCAAUGCUCGUGCUCUAUUAGGCAAGUUCAUCAAUGUGCUGCUAGCCCUCAUGGCUGUCCUUCUAGUUUUUGUAUCCACGGCUGCAAGUUUUAUCACACCUUUGAUGAAAACACGCCUACGCCUUUUGUCGUCCCUACUCUUCCUCCUCUCCCUGCUCACACUCUGGAGGCAUUGGGACUGCAUUACUUACUGUCUAGAACAUUUUCUCCUGCCUAGCUGAUCUCUAAUCCUUGAUAUUUAUAACCCACAUUAUGUUCCCUCUGAUUACUUCUGAAAAGAAGAAACAUUUUCUUGGAAGAUGCUGGCCAAUUACAUCUAUACAUAUAUGCCUGAAUGAAACUGUAUAUGCAUAUGUUAACAUGCCUACGUAGAGCUUUUUAUUUCAAUUGGCAGCUAUUUGGCACAGCCUCCGCAAAAAGAGCAUAGCCACUUGAAAUGUGAAGGCUAUUUGUAGGCUCUUCUAUUGUAGAUUUUCAAAUGAAAUGAAAGUAUUUACAAGGAUACGUUGUUUACAAAAUAUGUAAAGCAGAUUGAAUGCUUAUAGGAGCUUACUAUGGAAUGUGAAAUAUUUGUUAGGAAGUCUGUAUUAUUUUAUAUAAUGAUUUGCAAAGCUUUGAUUGAACGAAGCAGUUAUAGGUAAGCAAGACUGGAUUCUUUGAAUUC